AUGAAUAUUGCAAACGAUUUCGCGAACGCUACACACACGUACGCACAUCUGCGGGAAGUCAGCCAGUGUCAAUCUGCUUACCACGCUGUCCAUCGACUGAAACAUGAGGCGGCCUGGUACAGCACAUUCAGUUGCCUGAGAACAUCACAAACGAGAGAUUCAUUUGGGUUCCAGAUGAGUCCCUCGAAAAACCAAAUUAGUUUGCAAUUGAGUCGUACUUCCGCUGAAAGGAAGAAGGCCUUCGCUGCGGAGAUGUUUAUUAGAGAAACGCCAACUGAACGGUUACAGACUAUUGGAGCGGUACUCUCAUUGGCAUCUUGCUUACAAAGGCGGAAUAUCCAUCUUCUCCUUGAACGCGUCUUCCUUCCUGGAUAUUCACUGACUGUUACUAAAAUGCAAGCAAAUGUGAGGCAAAGCGGAUUUACGAGAAAACAUACUGCUCGCAUGCUCCCAUCAGUAGUAUCCACCGUUACACCACCAGAGUUAAAAUCGAUUGUCACUUACUUCUAUGUCAAUAUGAUUCUCAUGACAGGACAAACUGUUGUCGAUUCCGACAGACACCCUGCCAGCACGGAUAGUUCAGAACCAGAUUGUACAGUUGACGAAAGAAACGGACAGGUGUUUUCGAGAAAUACAUUCAUUUGCGAAUCAAUUUGGUUUUCACGAGGGACUCAACUGAAUCUCUCGUUUAUGAUAUUCUACAACUGA